UCAAAUAAGCCAAACCUGGCAAACAGUGAAGAAGUAAAAGUUGAAAAAGUUAGAAAUUGUUUGUGAUAUCAUUAUGGAAGCCUUUCCAACUACCUACGAUGCAAAGGAUAAAACUUGGAGUGGCCCGAAACGUAGCUCCAUCUACAACUCGGACGCAGCCUUGGGCAGGAUCAUAUUCAACAACAUGAAAAAUUGGCCAAGAAAUGUUUGUCAAAUCAACGAUGCUAGCGGCGAAUCCUUAACCUAUGCUCAGGCUAUAACUUGGGCUAUUCGGAUUGCGCAGCACCUGAAAAAGCGAGGACUUAAUGACACCGAUGUGAUUGGAAUUUCUGCUAAGAAUACAAAUUAUCUCAUGCCCUUGGCUACUGGCUGUCUGAUGAACGCGACUCCUUUUCAUGCCGUCAACCCAUUGCUCGAUGAAGAUACCAUUAAACAUGCUUUUGGGUUAACCAAGCCCAAGAUUAUAUUUUGUGAUGGAGUUGAGUAUAACAAAAUGAAAUCGGCAACACAAGGCUGGAGUCCUGAAAUAUUUACAAUGAUCGAUCAUAUUGAGGGUGUGCCCAAAAUCGAGUCCCUGCUGGAUCCCACACCAACAGAAAUGUUUUAUCAACCUGAACCUCUUAAAAAUGGUGGAGAUCAAACCGUGGCAAUUCUAUGCUCAUCUGGUACAACAGGACUACCGAAAGCUGUUUGCAUAUCAAAUAGUACUCUCUUGAUGGAUAAUGUUCAAAUUACCAGCGAGAUGAUCUUUUAUGUGGCAAGCUCCUUGGAUUGGAUGACAGGAGUCUUUGCUCUUAUUUUCACCACAGUGUACGGCUGUACUCGUGUCAUAACUAACAAACCCUUCACUCCUGAAUACUUUGUGCAAUUGGUGAAGAAGUAUCAGCUCCUCUAUGCCGUGCUACCUCCUCGAUAUUUGUCCGGUUUGGCAAUUUGUCCAGAAGCAACUGUAGAGGCACUCUCAUCCUUGAGAUUGAUUAACUUUGGUGGAGGCGUGGUGUCCCUGGCAACCUUGCAGCGAAUUCAAGAGCUAUGCAAGAAUGCUAUUCUAACUGGAGGAUAUGGAAUGACCGAAGUUGGCGGAAUCACCGCAAAUCUUGGAAUCAAAAAUAUUAAUGCAGCUGGAAAGCCCAUAGCAGGUAUUAAAAUGCGCAUUGUCGAUGACGAUGGUAAGAAACUGGGCUACAAUCAGGUUGGCGAGAUUUAUGUGCACACCGGACAACCAUGGAAUGGAUACUACGGCAAUCCCUUGGAGUCUCGUCGAAUGCAGGACUUUGAGGGUUGGUACCACACCGGUGAUUUGGGAUACUUUGAUGAUAACAACUUGUUGUAUAUUGUGGAUCGCAAGAAGGAGAUCCUCAAGUAUCAGGGUCUGCAUUAUUGGCCCACAGAAAUCGAGACUGUUAUUGCGGAGCUGCCUCAGGUGCAGGAUGUGUGCGUUGUGGGCAUCUACGAUGAGCGUCAAGGCGAUGCUGCUGGCGCUUUGAUUGUCAAGCGAAAGGGAUGUGAGAUCAACGAGAAGGCGAUCAUCGAUCAUGUGGCCAAACGAUUGACCGGGGUGCAGAUGCAACUUCAUGCUGGAGUUCGCUUUACAGAUAAUCUACCAGCCAACCAUAAUGGAAAGACCGUUCGCAGGACAGCGCGCGAAGUUUUUGUAGCUGUUAAAUAAAAAAGUUGUAAUAUUAUUCUAAAGUGUUG